CAGUUAUUAAACCUUUUGCUAAGGGUAUGGCAAAGAAGGCAGUCGCCAAGCACUGUCUUUCCACCCAGGCUCUGUGCUCCUCCAUUCUAAGGAUCAUCUGUCUGUGGUCGACGCUGCUAGCCGAUACACAAUCUCUUCGUUGUGACAUCAUUGUCAAGGCUCAUCCCACACCUGGACAGCCCUGGUGUGAAGGGCAGUGCUCAGUGGAUGGAGAUCCUUUACUUCAAUAUAAUGAUAGCAAAUUCACACCUUUGGGUGACCUGGGAAAUGCAGCAAAUGGGACUCAAGUGUGGACAGAUAUGACCCAAAAGCUGGAAUACUUGUGGAAAGAGCUCAGGAAGAUGUUGGCUAACACUAAACAUGAGAUUACCAAGAUCAGUGGGCAGCCCACUUUAAAGACCACCAUGCUUUCUCAGUAUGAACACGGACAAAGUGUUGGUGCCUCCUGGAGAUUUAACAUCAGUGGAAAGUACUCCUUCCUCUUCAACACAAUGAAUAUGAAUUGGACACUGAUUGAUUGUGAAGCUGGUGGUAUCAUGAACAAAUGGAAGGAUGAUGAACAAUUCGUAAAGGAUCUCAAGAUAAUCUCCACAGCAGACUGCAGGCACUGGCUCAAGGAACUCUUAAAGCACCAGAAGAAAAAGCCAAGACCAACAUCAAGCACCACGGAUAUCACCCAGCUUCCAUAUACCAUGACCACCACCCAGAUUCUGUCUUCCAAUCAGUUUUCCAAUAAGAAAAUAUUUACCAUCAUAGCAGUAGUCAGCACCAUCAGCAUCAUCCUAUCUGUCAUUGUUGGCAUUUACAAGUAUGUGAAGAGAAAAUACCAUCCCCAAGGAGACAGAAAUUUUCAGCUGCCCAUGAACUGUCUUGUCAACCGCCACAAGCCACAGAUUCAAGAGAAGACAAUGGAGCCAAACGGAGAGUUCCCAAACCAGGCCACCAAAAUGUUGUCUCAGGAGGAUGAACCCAAGACAUGGGAAUAAAAGAAUUUACUAAACCACACAUCUACAUCACCCCACCCAAGAGUCAGGAAUCUCAUUUAAAAGGGGGAAGAAAGUCUGUAAGGGAACCCUGUGUUCCAGUCAUGACAUGGCUGCUGCACUGCUGAACUCUCAGCAGCUCUGAGCACUUGCAUGAUCCCUGCACAA